UUCAAAACCUCAAGCGCCACCCAUAGCCUACCACGAACUUCGGGAAAAGCACACCCUAAUCCAUAGUUGUUGCAACAUGUCCAGUAGGAUUUUACACUAAUGGAGUUUUUAAGAUAUAUAUUUAAGCAUUUGGGACGGGGUUUAUGUUUAUUGUAAUGCAGUAGCUUCGGUUGGUCGCUUGAGUUGGGAUUUUCAACCUACAGCAAUCAUGUUCUGCAGAAACCAGACUUCCAGAGCCACUGUGGCCCGUGGAUCCGCGAUGGAGAUGGAGGUGAAGAGAGGCCGGUUCCGCCUGAGCGUGCUGGAGGACUCCGCACAGGACUGUGAGGUUCAGAGACUGAUCGAGAGAGAGGUGAGGAUCAGAGAAGGGGCCUGUAAGCUUUUAGCUGCGUGUUCUCAGAGAGAUCAGGCUCUGGAAGCUUCCAAGACUCUCCUCACAUCCAACAGCCGCAUACUGGCCCUCAUGACCCAGCUGCAGCGCAUGAAGGAAGCCCAGGCCAUGCAGAGAGCAGGACAGAGGUCAUCUGAUGGUGCGUCUGUUGAUGAGCGAUUACCUUGUACUGGAAAAGUAGCUAUUUCAGAUAUUCGCAUUCCUCUCAUGUGGAAAGAUUCAGAGUAUUUUAAAAACAAAGGAGAGCUGCACCGGUGUGCCGUGUUCUGUUUGCUGCAGCUGGGGACAGAGAUUCACGAUACGGAUCUCGUAAUAGUGGACCGGACACUCACAGACAUCUGUUUCGAUGAACCAGUGAUAUUCACUGACGUACCUACAGACUUUGACCUGCGGGUGGAGCUCUACAGCUGCUGUGUGGAGGAGGAAUUCAGCAUGGGCUCCUCCACUCGGAGGCUGAGCCGGCUGGGAAGUGCCUCCAGUAAGAAGUUCAUGCCAACUUUAGAGACCGCAGCAUCCUGCAGUUCCCCCGGAGGAGAAUCACCGGUUCUGCUGCUUGCUCCGUCUGUACGGGGCCCUAAAUAUCACCUCCUGGCCCAUAAAUCUCUGACCCUGAGCCACGCACAGAACUCUUUCCGAACACAUGACCUGACGAUAUCAGACACAGAGGGCUCUUCGUUCUGGUUGCCGCUCUAUGGUAACAUGUGCUGUCGCCUCGCGGCCCAGCCUUUCUGUAUGACUCAAGUUGUCAUGUGCGGAAAACUCCGAAUUCGGUCAGAGAGCAAUCCUGUGGACUGGAGAGACGUCUACGGUGUUCUGAGUGGGUCACUUUUAAAAUGUUACCAGCAGCAAGACGACACCGAUUCUUUAGAGACCCCACUGUUCACGAUUCCCAUUAAUAAGGACACCUGUGUGAAUGCCACAAAGAGCGACCCGGCUCUACAUGCUCACAGUAUCACCAUAACAAACCAGAGUGGUGAUGAGACCCCAUACACCAUUGCCACACACACAUCUGAAGACACACAUGACUGGAUGGAAGCCUUCAGGCAGCAUUUCUAUGACAUGAGUCAAUGGAAACAGUGCUGUAAUGAGCUUAUGAAGAUUGAGGAACCUUCUCCAAAGAAAAUGACGUUGACAUUAAAACAAGGCUCCCUGUAUCAUGAAAUGGUUACGUCACCAUCCACCAAGACCAGAAACCACCUGGAACCCCUGAACAGACCUGUUUCUUCUGAAAUCCAAAGCCUGCUGUCCACCUAUUAUAAUGACAGGUAUAUACAGAUUCAGACAACUGUUACACAAGCACCUAGUGUAAACACGCACACGAGAAACAACGCUUGGAUGGCAAAUGCUCUGAAAUAUGCUCUCUGAAAGCAUGUGUGUUGCAGAACGACAUGUACUAGGACACGUAACAAAUUCCCUCAAAACAGAUGACAACUGAAUAGGUUUUAGGCAUCAAUAUUAAUUUUAAUGCUCGGGAGUGGCUUUCCACCCUCUGAAAUCAUCUGAAUUCAUUUACCUUUUCUUAGAAGGACAUUCAGUUAUAUUAUUAUUUCAUUGAAAGCAAUAUAGAGGCAUGUUAGUCCAUUUAAUCGUGUCCACACAUGUCAUAAUAGUGUAGGUGUGGUGUCGCUGUCACACAUGCCAUACUCUGCCACAUAUCUAUCUGUCAGCAAACACUGAUUCAUGUUCAUCUUAUAUAGACAUUGUGAUGAGACAAAAAGAGUUUUACUGCUGUAUCCUCAUACUUGAAAGGACAGAAGUCUUGGACUACUUACAUAAGAUAUGUGUUUUUUUUAAAGCAGAAAUAAGCUGUGAAUUCUAAGGUGCUCACUGGUAUUGAAAAGAAAUAAAACUUGCAUGUUUAUCGAUUUCUGUAGCCCAAAAAUGUCCUGCUUGUUGACUUCAGCGUCACAGUUCAGGAGCCACUGUGAAGAGCUUGGGAUUAUGUGCAUUCUUGUAGCAGAGAAGCGCAGACAUUUAAUUGCUCUUAAAUUGCUAACUUUUAUUUAUUUAUUUGCUUGCUGGGGAAUACAAGCGUAUACUAAGUCAAAUGAUGCCCAUGUCCCCUAUUAGAAAAAAUAUAGAUUUUUGAAAUGCUUUUUGAAAAUCAUUUUAUUUUUUAUUUUUUUGCCCCAAUGUGGGACUGGCAGUGUGUUUAUUGAAGGUCUUUAUUAAAUUACAUUAUUAACAUUGAUGGAGAAACCAGUGUCACGCACGGCCUUUUGAUAUUGUUUAUUAGUAUUAUUAUUGGUGAGUAAAAAUAACAAUACGGAACCUAAAAUCACUUAUCUAGUUUGCUGCCCCCAGUGUAUUGUGAGGGAAAUAAUUCACAAUUUGGUUAGUUUGAGCUCUUAUGUGGUAUUGGAUAUAACCAAAAUUAAACAGGCAAAUUAAUAUUAAUUUUUUCUGAUAAUUUUUUUAUCAAGUGGUGCUUUUAUUUUAAGUUAACGUUUAUUUUAAAGUAACAAAAGUUAUUUUGUUAAAAAAAUAUAUAUAUUUUUUUUUAAUAAAGAUGUGAUUGAUUGAUUUAUUUGUACUAUUUUUGCAUCAUUUUGAAGAUGUUUUUUUUUUUUUUUUUUUGGUUAGUUAUUAUAGUCCUGGCUGGCUUAGAUUUGUUAUUUGCAUUGUGCAUUAUUUCUAGGUUACUAAUGAAAGAUAAGUAACCUAGAAGGACAGAGGUUUGUUCUCAAAUCAAGAUAACAUGACUGUCUGGUUUUACAUAUUCAUGUUAGUGCUGCUAGUUAAUCAAAAGAAGGACAUGCCAGAUUCUAAAACAUUCCCAAAUUUAUGUUUAUUUUUCAGUGCAGAUGAAUGAUAAUUAAUUAUGAAUGAAUAAAGAAGAAAAAAGCAUUUCCCCUAAUGAUCAUGGACUUGCAUGUAUUAGUUUCCUUUUUCCCAUCUGACACAAACACAUCCUGAUGAACAGAGUACCACAGCAGUCUGUAGUAGUCUUGUGCCAGUUUGCUCCUGUCAUACUAUUGCCAGUCAAAUUACUUUAAGGGUAGACCGCAAAGACGGAGUGGAAUUGGGGAAUGUGAAUUCUCAGCCAAGCACUGCUGGCUGUGUCUGUAUUGUGACGGUGCAGAUGGGUCAUAUUCCCACGGCCACCACCUGCCAGUAUCUGUUAAUUACUUGUGUGGGUGUUUGUGGUUGUGUGUGGGUGUUUCUACACAUGCCUACACAUGUGCCUCAGUCUACCCGGAAAAGCUGUGUUCUCUUGGAUGUGCUGUAGUAUGAGGAAGUUGCAGAUAAAUAUAACAUGACAUUUUAAUUACUGUAUGCUUACUUCAGUAAUGCAAGCCUUACUUUUUUAUUUUUGGCCUGUACUGCAAAUGGUGAACAUGAACCAAAACAUGAACCAAACAUAUUAUCCAAUUUACUUACAUAAUAUGAUUUUAUUUUAUUUCCCAUAAGUGAAAUGUAAAAUGCAGAGUAUGAAAAGACUAUGAAAGACAGCCUAAAAAAAAAAUUGACCCCAGCAGUACAAACGUAGUCAUACAUUGCCUGUUGAUUUAUAUUGCUUAGGAUGGACCAAACCUUGAUAAGUGGUGUGUUGUUGUUUUUUUUUUUGUAAGCAAACAUUCAUUCUCUGUAACUGGAAUUUAAUUGCUCGGAGGCUGAUUGCAUUCAUUGUUGCUUAAAUCAUGUUUUAAUACUGCACUGUGCAUGAUUCAUCAUGCUUCAAAUUAUAUUCUAAGUAAUUUUAUGCAUUAGAAUGUGUUCAUAGUUUUGGAGGCACGAACAUGCACGUAUACAUGCGAAUGCUAUAGAUUACAUGAAUUUUUUACAUUUUUUUAUAUGAUUUGUAGCUGCAGUCUCGCAGAGUCACUCUACCAGUUUAGACUUUCCCCGAAUUAAAGACAUAAAAAUGUGCCACACCAGAGUAGAAUCAAAACAUGUUUCUAAUUCAUUUGUUUGUUCACACUCCUCUCCCUCUGCUUCUUUGUUUCAGUUACUGAAGGAUCGAACAAGAAAACUAAAGAAAAAAAACUGUUUUGUGCACAGCUCAACACACCCAGUAUAUUAAAGCACACACGCAUCUUUUCUGGGAAAAAUGAAAUUUCGAGUUUUUUGUUUUGUUUUGUUUUUUCAUAUUUGUUUGGUAAAUCCGAAAAGCACACCCGAGUACAAAAUACCGUAUUGGCUCUCAAACUAAUAUAUAACCCUAAUAUUACAAGACUAUACAGCUUCCUACUUUUUAGCUACAUACCAUAUAUACCGUAUAAUAAUAAAGAUACUUUGACUUGGUGUUAAGAAUUAAGAGUGUUGCAAGAGAUAUAUUAAAACUAUUAAAAAGUAUAUCAGCUUGUCAGUACAGCAUAUACAUGUACAGAAGGGUAUUUUCUCUCUUUGUUUUAAGACCACAUUUCUUUUUCAUUGUACAGUAAAGGUCUGGCUCUUUAUGUAUCAUUCAUCAAGCCUGUAUUGGAUCAGGGCUUAAUGUCGCUGGAUUUAAAUCACUCACCUUUAAAAUUGACUGGAACAUUUUUACUUGCUACAAGCUAUGGAAAUCCUGCACGAGAAGAGUUUGACGGUUUGUUUUUGUUGAUUUUUUUCAGUCAUAGUAAUUAUUGUACCACCCAAGGCCAUUCAAGAGAAUUGAGCAACUCAAGUUUAAUGUGGAUUUUAAGUUCAACAGUUUAAGUUCAGUUUCUUAAGAAAAAUCAGUCAAACAGCCAACCAACCAGCACCGUUUCAAAUGGUUAUGAAUAUAACCAUCAUCUCUAAACCUUACCUGAAUUUAAAAUUUAGAUCUAUCAAGAUCAAUGAAGUUGUCAGUGAUAGCUGGAUAGUCCCUACAGAAUCUUGACUUAUUGUAAUUUGUAUUAAAUGAGAAUUGUUCUUCAUUGAUCAAAUAUGUUCACUGAUACAGCUCCAUUCUGAGAACAUUGUUUUGAAUAGCAAGCUAAAAUUGUUGACUGAUUUGUCUUUGUGUAUGAUUUGUAACCCUUUUAGCAAUUUGGCUGGUGCUAACCCAAAGGUUGUAGGUUCAAAUCCCAGGAGAAGCCACCUUCCACCAUAGUGUCCGUGAAAAAGAUGUCACAUGGCUUCAGGGAAUCUUUGUUCCUGCUCUUUCUGAACAGACAAAUCUGUUGUUUCAUGAUUUAUAUGAAAAUUAUGUGUUGUUAAUGCCAUGAUAAUAAAAUGAAUGGUGGGAAAUCCCCAUCACUUCUUGUUUA